UUAUCUAAUCAUGCUGUAUUGUAUCAAUUGCACUUGACAGAUAAAGAAACACUUAUAUACACGAGUUCAUAACGUAGCACAGUCGUACUUGUGAGCGGUACUUUUCUACUUGCUGAUUUAAGGGAGUUGUUUUAGGAUUUUUAAUUGCACAAUACAACACACACAUUUAGGCGCCAUAUAUUUUGUUUUAGGAUGACGGAGCUGACUGUGCCGGCCUGGCUGAACGAGAAAUUUCUAGAAACAGUUUUUCAGGAAGAGGAGAUUAAUCAGACAAGCAUCGCAAUAAUAGAUUAUGACAUCAAGUCAGUUAUGCCUCCAGGAUCCAACUACUCAAGUGACAUGUUCAGAGUACGUGUAGUCUACAGCGUGGGGAACUCACGCCAAGAACAGGUCACAUCCGUAAUAAUAAAGGUUCCAGUCGUCGAAGGGGUAUUUAAAGAAAUAGAAGAGUAUUUUAGCCGAGAACCAAUCAUGUACGAAAAACAGUUGCCAGCAAUGUCAAAGAAAAUAAAUCAUGAAUUCGCCCCAAAGAGCUUUCACAGCCCUCUAAAGAAUGUGCUUGUGCUAAAAGACUUGAAGGACGAAGGAUACGUCAUUGCCGAUAAAUUCAAACAGCUAGAUUACCCUCACUGUGAAUUAGUUUUUAAGACUGUUGCUAAAUUUCAUGCUGCAUCUUUAGCUUGUUACCAUGACGAUUUGAGAUUUAUUGAGGGAGUCUCUGCCGAAAACUUUUACAUCGAAGGAGGAACGUCAUUCAGAUCAUUCAUGGAAGGGUUUGUGAACCAAUUUGGAAAGGCUUUUGACGUGUUUGGAGUGGCUGACAGUUUCAAACGGCUUUUCAACGAUCGAGUAGGCAGGUUAUGGGACUCAGGGGUGAUGGCCUGUAAGCCUAAAGAGACAGGUUCCAAUGUUCUCGUCCAUGGAGACUUGUGGUGCAACAAUCUUAUGUUCAAGUAUGAUGGUUCAGGAAACUUGCUGGAUGUGAAGUUCCUUGACUAUCAAAGAACUAAAUUCUGUUCUCCAGUGGUGGAUCUUUUGUACUUUCUAUGGAGUAGUGCUAACAGUGAAGUCCUGGAUUCCAGGCAGAAGGAACUCUACAGCAUCUACCUGGAAACUCUCAACAGCACUCUGGAGCAUCUCGGCUCUGAGGCACGGCUCUCUGAGGAAGAGCUCCAGGAUGAUUUGAGAGCCUUAUCAGAUUGGGCUCUCAUCUGUUUGUGUUUUACAACGCCUUUAAUGUUAGCAGAACCCGAUAACGCUCUCGAUUUAGAGGCAAUCGAGUUGCAUAGUGUAGAAAAUGACGAAAAUACCCGAAAGGUACAACAAAUGUAUGGGGGAAAGCAUGCAAAAACUUUGAUCCCACGUCUCACAAGGAGCUACGAAAAGUGGGUCAACGGUCUUUAUACAUAAGUAUUGUAAACUAUUUCUCAUUGAACUUUCUUAAUAUUUUAAUAAUCAAUAUAUGUUAAAGUUACAGUUAUGUUUUAACCGUCAUAUACUAAGCCAAACCAUAUUUUCUAUUAUUUUAACAUAUACCUAUUGUAAACUGUAUUUAUAAAGUAUUGUAAUAAAAUAUCGCUUCAAUAGUUUACCAAGAACAUUCCAUUCCAUUAUCUGCACAAUUUAAUUUCAUUAGGAUCAAGACGUAUGGAUAUUACACAUUUUCAAAAAUACCAUCUAUGCAUUUAGCUUAUUUAUAAAUAUAAUACAGUGAAUAAGAUAUAAAUACGGAAAAAACUACGUGAACCUUCACUCAUGGUCUGCUCCCAUUAGAUUACAUUCGUAUUAGCUGAAAUAGAAGGAGAAAUAAUUCUAAGUCAAAGUGGUCAUCGUGUGUGAAAUCUAUGCACUUGAAUAUUAUUACAAGCGGAUGAUAAAAAGUGAAAUAUUUAGCCGUACAACUCAGACUCUAUGACUACAAUUAGAUUUCACGCGAAAAAUAUUAUUCCCAACCAUAAUUUAUUAUCCAAUUAUAUUAAUUUCUCAAUAUCGUUGUAUUAAGUGGAGGCUCAUCUCAAAGUCAGACUUACUUCAAAUCUAAAUCCCUCAAAUUAUAUUGAUUACUAUCGUUAUCUUAGUAUUGAAGUGGAGGCUCUCACAAAGUCAGACUAGAUUCGAAACUCAAGACCUCUAAUUAUAUUGAUUACUCUCAUUAUCUUUUUAUUGAAGUGAAGGCACUCACAAAGUGAAACUGGGUUCAGUUAUACUUAUUAGUCUCAGAAGCUUUGUAUUGAAGUGGAGGACAUUAAAAAAGUUAGACUGGAUUAGAAUUCCGUAUCUAAAUUAUGAUAACCACUCUCAAAAGUUUUGUAUUGAAGUGGAGGCUCUCACAAAGUUAAACUAGAUUCAAAAUCCGACCCCCCCAACUGUAUUGAUUACUAUCGUUACCUUAGUAUUGAAGUGGAGGCUCUCAUAAAGUCAGACUAGAUUCGAAAUUCAAGACCUCCAAUUAUAUUGAUUACUUUCAUUAUCUUUUUAUUGAAGUACAGGCUUCAAUAAAAAGGCUUCAACAAAGUGAAAUGGGUUCAAAAUAGUUCCCUUCAGUUAUACUUAUUAGUCUCAGAAGCUUUGUAUUGAAGUGGAGGCACUUAAAAAGUUAGACUGGAUUUGAAUUCCGUAUCUAAAUUAUGAUGACCACCCUUAAAAGAUUUUUAUUGAAGUGUAGGCUCUCAGAAGGUCAGACUAUAUUCAAAAUUCAAUCCAUCAAUUGUAUUGGUUACUAUCAUUAUCUUUUUAUUGAAGUUUAGGCUCUCAGAAGGUCAGACUAGAUCCAUAAUCCAAUCCCUCCAAUUUUGACUGAUUACUAUCGUUACCUUUGUACUGAAGUGGAGACUCUGAGAAAGUCAGACUAGAUCCAAACUCCAAUCCCUCCAAUUAGACUGAUUACUAUCGUUACCUUUGUACUGAAGUGGAGGCUCUCAGAAAGUCAGACUAGAUCCAAAAUCCAAUCCCUCCAAUUAGACUGAUUACUAUCGUUACAUUUGUACUGAAGUGGAGGCUCUCAGAAAGUCAGACUACAUCCAAAAUCCAAUCCCUCCAAUUAGACUGAUUACUAUCGUCACCUUUUUACUGUCUCAGAAAGUCAGACUAGAUCCAAAAUCCAAUCCCUCCAAUUAGACUGAUUACUAUCGUUACCUUUGUACUGAAGUGGAGGCCCUCAGAAAGUCAGACUAGAUCCAAAAUCCAAUCCCUCCAAUUAGACUGAUUACUAUCGUUACAUUUGUACUGAAGUGGAGGCUCUCAGAAAGUCAGACUACAUCCAAAAUCCAAUCCCUCCAAUUAGACUGAUUACUAUCGUCACCUUUUUACUGUCUCAGAAAGUCAGACUAGAUCCAAAAUCCAAUUCCUCCAAUUAGACUGAUUACUAUUUGUACCUUUGUACUGAAGUGGAGGCUCUCAGAAAGUCAGACUAGAUCCAAAAUCCAAUCCCUCCAAUUAGACUGAUUACUAUCGUUACCUUUGUACUAAAGUGGAGGCUCUCAGAAAGUCAGACUAGAUCCAAAAUCCAAUCCCUCCAAUUAGACUGAUUACUAUCGUUACCUUUGUACUGAAUUGGAGGCUCUCAGAAAGGCAGACUAGAUCCAAAAUCCAAUCCCUCCAAUUAGACUGAUUACUAUUUUUACCUUUGUACUGAAGUGGAGGCUCUCAGAAAGUCAGACUAGAUCCAAAAUCCAAUCCCUCCAAUUAGACUGAUUACUAUCGUUACCUUUGUACUGAAGUGGAGGCUCUCAGAAAGUCAGACUAGAUCCAAAAUCCAAUCCCUCCAAUUAGACUGAUUACUAUCGUUACCUUUGUACUGAAUUGGAGGCUCUCAGAAAGGCAGACUAGAUCCAAAAUCCAAUCCCUCCAAUUAGACUGAUUACUAUCGUUACCUUUGUACUGAAGUGGAGGCCCUCAGAAAGUCAGACUAGAUUCAAAAUCCAAUCCCUCCAAUUAGACUGAUUACUAUCGUUACCUUUGUACUGAAGUGGAGGCUCUCAGAAAGUCAGACUAGAUCCAAAAUCCAAUCCCUCAAUCCCUCCAAUUAAAUUGAUUACCAACGUUACCUUUGUACUGAAGUGGAGGCUCUCAGAAAGUCAGACUAGAUCCAAAAUCCAAUCCCUCAAUCCCUCCAAUUAAAUUGAUUACCAACGUUAUCUUAGUUAUUGAAGUAGAGGUUCUCACAGUUAGACUAUAUUCUCAGUCUGGUCUUGGCACUUACCAUCAAAGUCACAUUUUUCACAUACGUUAUCUUUCUAUGUUACUUUUAAGGGAAAAAUCAUUUCAACAAAACCCUCACUUUAGGAAUCAUAUUUUGAAAAUACAUUUUUGGCUGACCGCUAGCGAAGCUUGUCA